AGAAACAUAUUUCAGAUCUGCAUAUUAUGUAGAACGUAGUGACGACAACACUUCCGGUGACAUUGGUCAUUAUACAUCAGUGUCCUGUGCUAUGACGUGUCUGAGUUUGGACUGUUGUGAAACAUUUCACUGGAAUUACGUGAGUCAACACUGCACCUUAUUGACUACUGAUGUUUGGUCAAGCACUCAGACCGUCACAGAAAUCAGUCAUUGGAAGUCAUAUUAUAAGGGGUGCGAUUCCGGAUGGCUGGAAUUCAACUACCAUUGUUACAAACUGGUUCACGGAAAAAUUAGCUGGGCAGAUGCCAAGCUGACGUGUGAGAGGAACUGUGCGUACCUGACAGAAAUUACUGACGUAGAAGAGAACGACUGGAUUGUAGAGGCAUUCCUGGACGAUGCGUGUUCUACAAGAAGUUGUCAGAUGUGGUGCGGUGGAAAUGACAUAGAAACAGAGGACCUUUUUCAGUGGUCAAACUCCAAAUUGACCAUGAGCUUCACCAAUUGGAAACCAGGUCAGCCGCGUCAGAAGUAUUCUGAGAAAGCAGAAAACAGAGAUUGUGUGACGUUGAGCCGUAAUGGCCAGUGGGAAAACAUACUUUGUACUUUAUCAAAAAGAUUUAUUUGCGAAAAACAUUGAUCACAAUAAAGAGACAGCCUAUAGCGGUUUCAAUUGGUGCAGUAGUAGAGAUUUCGAUAAUGUUGUCUACGUCGCUUUCAAAUGUUGCUGUUGUAGCGAUUUCAAUAAUGUUGUCUAUGCCGCUUUCAAAUGUUGUUGUUGUUGUAAUGAUGUUGCUAAUGUUGUACAUUGUUCUUAAAUGUUAUAGCGAUGUUGCUAAUGUUGUCUGUCUCGCUAUUAAAUAUAGCAAUGUUGCUAAUGUUGUAUGUCUUGCGUUUAAAUGUUAUAGCAAUGUUGAUAAUGUUAUCUUUUCGCUUUUAAAUGUUGUAGUGAUGUUGCUAAUGUUGUCUGUCUCGCCUUUAAAUGUUGUAGCGAUAUUGCUAAUGUUGUCUGUCUUGCUUUUACAUGCUAUACCGAUGUUGCUAAUGUUGCCUGUCUCGCUAUUAAAUGUUAUAGCAAUGUUGCUAAUGUUGUAUGUCUCGCUUUUAAAUGUUAUAGCGAUGUUGCUAAUGUUGUCUGUCUUGCUUUUAAAUGUUAUAGCGAUGUUGCUAAUGUGGCCUGUCGCAAUGAACCAUGGGAUGCGGUGCUGACUAGAUAUUUUGGUAACACAAGGAACCGUUGAAGGAUUUACAAGGGACGUUAUCGGCAACGAUCGUGAUGUCUGAACUAUCACAAAAAUACAGACAGUUCUAUUGGGUUGCAAUUUAAUUAAAAUCAGAUCCUAAGAUACGCUCACAAUCCCUACAAUAGGAUCUGAAAUAAACCCAUUGGGGUCAUGUCCGCAUUACCUUUCUCUUGGAAUAUUCAUAAGAACUAUCAGCCAGUCAGAUUGCGCCAUACAAAUAAUGAUGGUUAUUUAGGCGGUUCCCGGCAAUUCGUAAAUAAAUUUCAGUAAUCUCUCUCCCACGAAUUAUAUUCCACACUAUAAAAUUGUUUAUUCCCAUAUAAGAAAUUUUAAACUUUCGCAGCAAUGCCUAAUCUAUUCGGUACAACAAAUCGUACGAUAUAAAAUACACCCAAAUAAAAUUAAUUGUGAAAUGCGAUUUGUGCAUGAAAAGGCAUGGGUACGAUUUGAAUAGUUUUCAAGAUAAGCCCAGUAGCUAAGUAUUUUGUUACUAGCUUGAAAAUACGGAUGUAUAUUUAAUUGCUGUUAUACAAUUUAGAAAUUCAUUUCAAAAUUAAGGAUUAUCUCCCUCAUGCAUAGCUCUUAACCUUGGACGAAUUUGGCUCCACUUGUUUGGCACGCUGCUUUUGGCUAUAUUUAGAUCUAAAACUUGAUUGUUAUUUCGGAUUUCAAACAUUUCGGUUGAACAUCACUGAAGAGACAUUAUUUGUCGAAAUGCGCAUCUGGUGCAUCAAAAUUGGUACCGUAUAAGUUUUACAUUAUGACUCCUGGGUCGAGGCCUCUGCUGAUGGACUGUUAGUCCCCGAGGGUAUCUUCAGCCCAGUAGCUAAGUACUUCGUUACUAGCUUAAAAAUACGGAUGUAUAUUUAAUUGCUGUGAUAAAAUUUAGAAAUUCAUUUCAAAAUUAAGGAUUAUCUCCCUCAUGCAUAGCUCUUAUCCUUGGACGAAUUUGGCUCCACUUGUUUGGCACGCUGCUUUUGGCUAUAUUUAGAUCUAAAACUUGAUAGUUAUUUCGGAUUUCAAACAUUUCGGUUGAACAUCACUGAAGAGAUAUUAUUUGUCGAAAUGCGCAUCUGGUGCAUCAAAAUUGGUACCGUAUAAGUUUUACAUGGUUUACUUAAAUAACGUGAGGAAUAUAACGCCAGUCGACGUAAACAGUGCAUUGUGACGUCACAUCUAGCAGAGUAUACGGCGCGGAUCUAAGAAGUCUGAUUUUAAUUAGAUUAAUUGUGUUGUAUUGUGUUACAUCAUGUGUUAACGUCUUGCUGUUUGUGUACAGUAUGUGAUACAUGUAACUCUUACAUGAUUUUAGAUUAAAGCAAAACAAACUGUAACUGAUGGUAAAUAAAGUGAAAAGAAGAAAAA